AUGAAGUCAAUAUUAAGCAUAGUCGAUUCUGAGGGGUGCGAGAGAGGAGUAUAUACUAUAGCUGACUAUUUGCUGCAUGUCUUUUGGUCACAUAUGCUAAACAACUUGAUAAACUUGGUAGUAAUGACACUAUUAGAUCAGAGAGUCCUGAAGAUAAAAAACCAGUUGCAAAAGUCUUUACCGCAUCAUGUUCUUUAUUCGUUGUUUCAUAUAGGGGGAGUUGGAGAGGGGUUCCGUGUUUGGGUAUAUUAUCCAGAAGUAUGGGGUGAUAAUGCAUCAAGGAAGGCGAAGAGUUGCCUCUAUUACGUCUGCAACUGGCUAUGUAGUUUUUCUCUCGCUAUGUAUGCUUUCAAGAAUAACUUCGAAAACAUUAUUUAUGCAACCUUUUGUGCUUGCACGUCUUUACAUGUAUUUUCUUUCAUCCAGAAGUUAAAGGUAAUAUUAGAAGAGAUUAACCAAACGUGGGAUGAACAUAUUACUGCCUGGAAAAGUAGACCAUGGUAA